GCCGGCCGGGGCGGAGCUUCCGGGGGUGGCUGCGGGGUGCGCUCCGCCGGGGGCUGGCGGGUCCCGCAGGAGUCCGGGCCCGGCCGCGGGAUGCCCGUGCGGAGCGGGACCCAGCUUUCCCGCAAACUGGGGCUGAAAAAGCAGCGGCUUCUGGGGGCAGAGCAGCAUCAGAGCCCACCAGACGGAACCCCGACACCCUCCCCCAAGGAGCCCCGCCUGGGUCUGCCCAACACCCCGGGUCCCCAGCGCAGUAUCUAUUUCUCAAGCCCAAGAGACCCCCCUGCUCGCCUGGGACUAGACUUCUUCGACCAGCCUGCAGUCCCCCUGGCCCGGGCGUUUCUGGGACAGGUCUUGGUCCGGCGACUCGACGAUGGCACAGAGCUCCGUGGCCGAAUUGUUGAAACUGAGGCAUAUUUGGGGCCCGAGGAUGAAGCUGCCCACUCGAGGGGCGGCCGGCAGACCCCCCGCAACCGCGGCAUGUUCAUGAAGCCGGGGACCCUGUAUGUGUACUUCAUCUAUGGCAUGUACUUCUGCAUGAAUGUCUCCAGCCAAGGGGAUGGAGCAUGUGUCUUGCUGCGAGCACUGGAGCCCCUGGGGGGCCUGGAGAACAUGCGGCAGCUUCGCAGUACCUCCCGGAAAGGCAGUACCGGCCGGGCCCUCAAAGACCGUGAGCUCUGCAGUGGCCCCUCCAAGCUCUGUCAGGCCCUGGCCAUCGACAAGAGCUUCGACCAACGAGACCUCACCACGGACAAGGCUGUGUGGCUAGAGCACAGCCCUCCGGGGCCCAGGGAGCCAGCGGUGGUGGCAGCAGCCCGAGUGGGCAUCGGCAACGCAGGAGAGUGGGCCCAGAAGCCCCUGCGCUUCUAUAUCCAGGGCAGCCCCUGGGUCAGUGUGGUGGACAGAGGAGCUGAGCAGGACACACAGGUCUAAGCAAGGGCCUGCUAAGGACAGGCUUUUUAAUUGUUUAAAAACCAAAUAAAUGCUUUAUUUCUAGAAAA